UUACACAGAGCCGACAGGUUUUGUUGCACCCUCCACCGCAUUCUGGUAAACAGUGCCCCCCCCGCCGUUCCGCCAUGGCCUCCCCCGCCGCCGCGCUCGGCGGAAGCCGCGUCGCGAUAGGCCUCCCCCGUGGCGCUCCGCUGCGGCCGCAGCUCGCUCCCCUUGUCCCAGCCAACUCCAACACAUGCUUUGUUUCUGUAGAAACAGGUCCGACGCUGCCGCAGAGCAACCGCCAUCGAUGCAGGCAUUUCCGCCAUGCCCGCGUGUCGGCUUCGCUCUUCGGCUCCUCUUCCCCUUCCCCUCCCCCCUCCGCCUCCCCCUCCGCCGCGUCGGCCUCCGCGUCCACCGCUGAUCUUGCCAACGCGGCGGAAGCGCCGGGCAAGACGGUGUGGUUGCAGAAGACGAUCGAGCUGCCGCCCUACAAACGAGGCUGCCACGUCAUCACCUCCCAGAUCAUGCGGGCCGUCCCCGAGAUUGCUGAGUUCCGUGUCGGCAUCGCGAACCUCUUCGUGCUGCACACCUCAGCCAGCCUGACCAUCAAUGAAAAUGCAAGCCCGGACGUUCCCUUGGACAUGGAAGACGCUCUCAACCGCAUUGCACCGGAAGGCAACCACUACCGGCACCUGGACGAGGGCUAUGACGACAUGCCAGCCCACGUCAAGUCAUCACUCAUGGGGUGCUCUCUCACCAUUCCCAUCAUGGCCGGUCGCUUCAAGCUCGGCAUCUGGCAGGGCAUAUAUCUGAACGAGCACCGCAACUAUGGGGGAGCAAGGCAAGUCUGUAUCACCAUUCAUGGGGAGAAGAGGGCGGAUGGGAGGGUGUACAGAUGAGAUCGUGCGUGCAUGUCAUGCCUGCUUCUUUAACCAUAACUGGUCGGAGUUCUAAGCGGACAACAAAUGCUGGCAGGCAAUCGAGUGCUCAUUAUUGCGCCCUUUUCUGUGAGCCAACCAUCCCUUCCUUCAACUAGGGCACUAGCAGGAUUGGAAAUGAAGUCCCAUGACGAGACUUGGUAAAGAGCUAAUUGCACAAUGCGUUACACUACUAUACUAUUUCUGCCAUGGUCUAUGCUUAUCACCAAAUCACUCAUGGUUAUGUAUGAUUGCCAA